AUGAAUAAUGAUACUUCAGCUAGGGAUAAAGAGGAAAAUGUACCUGUACCAACACUGAGUGCUGCUGACAAGUAUUUCAUCGAGCAACGUGAUCUAGUUUUACAAGAUAUCAACAACACGAUGGAUUCGAUUUUGAAUAAUCUCAAUUCUUUGAACAUCUCGCUAGAGAAUUCCAUCGCUGUUGGUAAAGAAUUUGAGUCAGUAGCUGAAUUGUGGAAAACAUUUUAUAACGGUUUAGAAGGUACAGAAACUGUAUCGUCAUCACAAGACGAUGAAUUAGAAAAAUAA